AAGUGUCAUACAGGAACUUUCAUAUUCUGGUCCUGCUUACAUCCUUAGCCUGUCGGUCACUUCCCCUCCCCCACUCACAAGUAGCCUACGUUGCAACCACUGUCAAUUCUAUGACUGAUCAUUAGACUGUUACUUUUGACUCUACUUCCUGCUACACGCUUGCCAGGCAAAUUAAGAAUCCGUCCGAAGAUCGUCUCAAGUUUUUCCUGACUGUUCAGGGAAGGUUGAUAAAUGGCCCUUUCGCUGGACUCUCAUUACACCUUGUGUCCAUGAAGUCAGUCAUCACGCCGUAUUACUUAUGCGGUGCGUUUCAUCCGGUGAGACAGUGAGCUCCUUGAGGUUAAUAUUCGCAAGGUGAACAACCGGAUGACACAGAGCCCUAGGAGCUCCAAGCCAGAGACUGUUCAGAAGGCACAGGCUGGCACAGAUAUACUCUAUUAGGCAUGUAACUAUAAUCAGCUGAGGGCGAUGAGCUCUGUUAAGAAAAGAUGAAGUCUAGGAUGGCUACGGUGUUAACAGUUGUAGACUCGCGGGGGAAAAAAAUCAAAUGUUUCAACAGCAUUGCUUUGGCCAAGAAGUGAUUAAAACACAGCUGUGACCUUGUAUUUACAGCAGUUAGUGUACUGUAUUAAAAUGCGUAUGAUCUUUAGAUAAACCUAGUCCUGAAUUCUAGUUUGACCGUUUGUUAGCCGUGUGAACAUGACAGUGUUGCUGACAUUUGAGCUUCAGUUUCUAACCUGUACAGUGGAGACGACUACUUCACGAGACUGUGUUACAACUGCAAUGAUUAUACAUAAAAAUCUCUCCUCUCAUGAACUGCCUUCUAUUUCUUCAGACCCAAGAUUCUAGCAUCUUUUUCCUUCUCUGAGAUUCACCUUAACCAUUCCUUUUUCAAACUCCAAAGUUUCUGAGUUACACAGAGAUCGAAGCAACAGAAGUAGGUACAUUUUUUUUUUUUUUUUUUGAGAGACAGAGUGUCUGUGAGAGGGAGAGGGGGAGAGAGAGAGAAUCCCAAGCAGGCUCUGUGCUGUUCAGCACAAAGCCUGAUGUGGGGCUCAAUCUCAGGAACCGUUAGAUCACGACCUGAGCUGAAAUCAAGAGCCAGACGCUUAACUGCCCAGGCGCUUAAUUAAUGAUUUUAUGUGAAAUAGUUACAGUUCUAAGGUCCCCUGAGCCCCCUUCCUUCACCUUUCUCCUAAACAGCAUCGGCUGUCACCAUUUCCAGGAAUGAAAAGAAAUGGUCACAGAUAUUAACUUGCUCAUAGGAACCAGAGACAUUUUUGUGAGCUAUAAAAAGCAUCCAAUAAGUAUACACCACAGAAUAUGACCUAUCAAUAACAGAGUUCAGCUUGGUUAAAUAUUCAACUAUCACGUGGCAGGCAUUUUUUUGGGUGCAAUGAAUCAAAAAAGUAAUAAUAAUGUCUGCACCACAACCUACACAUCCCAACGGCAGAUAAUUAAAGGUGAACCAUGAAUCAUUCAUUAAUGAACAGUCAACGCUGGCAAAUGAGAUUCACACUCAAACACUGGUCUUGCUGUUUUACAAUUUUUCUGGAAAGCCAUUGGCAAUAUGCAUCAUAACCUUUAAAUGUUUGUUUUUAACUCAAGAUUCUAUUUACCCCUAUAGAUUCAGUAUAUGUUCAAAAAGCAUAUAAAGACUACAAGAAAAAUAUAUAUAAAAGAUGAUUAUUUCAUCUCUGGGUAAUGGGACUGAAUUCUUUUUCUUCCGUAUUUUGAAAAUGUCAAAUAUAAAGACAGCAGUUGAGAUAUCUAGAUUAUACAGAAACUGAAACCCAAGUCACAUUACUGGGAACGGAUUUUGGACGAGUUUUCUUCACAUGUAAAAUAUACAGGGUACACAACAAUCAAGCCCUUUAUAGCAUACGAUUCGUAAUAUCGUAUAUCAUACGAUUUGGUAAUACAUGUAAAGGGUAUUAUACAGUAGAAUACAGUAUUAUACACUGAAAAAGGGAAUUCGAAAAGACAAACAUCUUCAACUGGUGGCCUGUAAUGUCAGGCCUGUAAUGUAUAUCCCAGAAAUAGGUUGUUAAAAUACAACACACGUAGCAGUUCUGAUGAAUACCUUUUACUUUAUCUAAACGUCUACUUUCAGGGGCGCCUGAGUGGCUCCACCGGUUAAGCGACUGACUUUGACUCAGGUCAUGAUCUCGUGAGUUCAAGCCCCCUGUCGGGCUCUAUGGCGACAGCUCAGAACCUGGCACCUGCUUCGGAUUCUGUCUCCCCUUCUGCCCCUUCCCUGCUCACACUCAGUCUCUCAAAAAUAAAUAAACAUUAAAAAAAAAAAUUUAAAUGUCUACUUUCAGCAGCAUCCCAGAAGAAAACGCUGUUUUUAGGAGUACGUUCAACUGAACUUUCUCAGAUUUUCAUUUAUUUCACUUUUUCAUUUAUGUUUAGGCGAUGAUUCCACAGAAGGUAAGCAAACUAAUUUACAUUUUAUAAAGCCCCCAUCAACUAUCUUCAUACUGAGGCACAGAUUCCAAACCAUAGCUCAUAGUUUUUUUUUUUUUUUCAAGCUUCCAUCCAAAAUACAUUUCAUAUCCUCUGUGACCCAGGAAAUCUCCUGUAUCUUCCUAUGAGGAUAAAGAAAAAGGGAACAAUGCGACAGAGAUCAGACUCUCAAGUAUUAAAGAAUUUGGAGCCCCAGAUAUUCUACAUGCAGACCACUACGUUCCUCUUUGCUGUCCAUUAAGACUCCGGUCCAAAGGUUCAUUUUCUCGCUAGAGGUUAGCUUUUCAGUUCCAGAAUCGGGUCACAGAGAUGGCAGCCCCGCGAUCCGUCCAGCUGAAAGGCGGUGGCGCUGGGUUAGGACCACUUCUUGGUGACAUUGAGAUGGUCGAGCUGGUCUACCACAAAUCUGUGGGGGGGGAACUUGGACACGCUGGCCGCCUUGAUGGCCUCGAAGGCCGCCGCCCGGCGCCCCGCGGCGUGGCCGUACUCCUGCUCCGCGGUGAGGUAGGGCAUGCUCAGCCAGUAAUGGUUCUCCGCCUCUAUCUCCAGGCGACGGAUCAUGUUCUGCUUCGCGUGGAAAGACACCGCGCGCGGCCGCCGGUGCUUCCCGAUCCACUGGCUGCCAGGAAUGCGAUUGCGGAGGAGGAGUGCGGUCACGAACAUGGUACCUGCGGGGAUACGGGGAAAGUCGCACCAGGAACUGGCUACGCCCUCGGCCGCAGGUGACAGCAGCGCACGCGCGCGACCCCGGCUCUCCUGCCGCUCCGCCACCCCCGAGGACGCACAGCGUGCCCCCAAAGAAGCAGGGAGCCCAACUAGACUCCCUAGGGAAAGAAAGGGACUCCUGAAGCAACGGAAUACGGUCAUCAACUCACCGGCCGCGUCGUUCACAAUCUCCCCCGCGCGCCAGCGGACGCGACCCCGGAAGCGCGCCCGCCUCCCGGAACCUCCUUGCCGCUUCGCGCGAGACUUCAGCUCUCGCGAGAGAGGGCUCGUGCGACCCCCGCGGAGGCGGGACACUUCCGGCGCCAAGAGAUUCAAAUUAGUGGCGGGCCGGACCGGAGCGCUGGGAUCCGCUCGCGUCCUGCGUCCUGCCGAGCAGUCCUUAUCCAUGGAUCUGAUCCGAAGCUUCCACGCGAAGCUACGGUCUCUGGCCAUCACCCUCGACAGCGAGACGGCCCGGCUGCAGCGAGCGCUGCACGGAGAGGAGAGCGACAUUGAAGAUUAUCCAGUGAGAAUUUUAUAUGACCUUCUUUCUGAAGUCCAGACUCUAAAGGAUGAUGUCAUUCUUCUUCUUGAUAAAGCAAGUUUGGAAAGUCAAGAAAGCAUUGGUUUCAUAAAGGCAACAAAAGUACUAAUGAAAAAAAAUUCAAUGGAUAUCAUGAAAAUAACGGAGUUUUUCCAGAAGUAUGGAUAUAAUCCACGUGCCAAGAAAAGCUCAGUGGAUGAACAAGAAAUCACUGACUCUGACUCAGAGUCCACUAAGCAUGAAAAUGUCCAAAUGCCUGAUGUGAAGGACAGUCUGUCCAAUCCUGCUAUUCCAAGCACUGCUAGUUCUGAGAAGUCUCCACGGAGUCCCCAACUUUCAGAUUUUGGGCUUGAGCGGUACAUGAUAUCCCAAGUUCCACCAAACCCUCCACAGACAGUAAACGACCAUGAAGAAGAGCCCAGAAUUUUAACUCCAUCUUCCAAGCAGUCCGUAGUUAAAGUACUAAAAACUCCAAAAUGUGCCCUAAAGAUGGAUGAUUUUGAGUGUGUAACUCCUAAAUUAGAACACUUCGGUAUCUCUGACUGUACUGCGUGUUUGAAUGAAGAUUACACGAUGGGACUUAAAAAUAUGAAGGAGAAUAAAAGUGAGGAGGCCAUAGAAUCAGAACCGGUGACCAGUAAUCAUUUCUUUGCUACUCCUGGGCUCAUAAUCCAGCAGUUGAAAAAAAAUGAUGGCGACUAUACAGAUUCCCCCUUGGCACCCACGUUCUGCACUCCUGGUUUGAAAAUUCCUUCUACAAAGAACAGUAUAGCUUUGGGAUCCACAAAUUAUCCAUUAUCGGAAACAAAUAGUUCAUCAAACGAUUUGGAAAUGAAAGACUGUACAUCGUUAGUUUUAAAUUCGGAGAAGUGUUUUGAGAGUUUUGCGGAUCCCUCUUCUCCUGUAAUUUCUUCUUACGAGAAUCUACUGAGAACACCUACACCUCCAGAAGUCACUACCAUUCCAGAAGAUAUUCUUCAGAUUUUAUCAAAAUACAACUCGAACCUAGCUACUCCAGUGGCAGUGAGAGCCGUGCCACCCGGCAAAGCGUUCCUCGCCAAAUACGGAGCACCGAGUGUUCAAAGUGCUGGCAACAAAGAAAACUGGUGAAGAAAACUUUGCAAGUUUUGUAGACACAGAACAGAAGGCGGUGGAAGCGGAGCGGGAUGGACUCGUCGUGUAGCCCCACAUCUUCCCCCUUUUUCCAGACCAGCCCAGAGUAAAGAUGAACACGGACACAGA